AUGAACAAUUUAAAGUCGCUAAGAAUCAUAAAUGAAAAAGGUGCCACCAUAGUAUACAAACCAGAAUUAUCGAGAUUUUUUUACACAUAUACGGUCUCAGUUUACCCGAAUUUUAGUAGAAACUUUCAAAUCGAAGCUCAGUGCGAAUAUGGAAAGUCAAAAAUUGGAGGCAUAGAUAAUAUAAAAUCAGCAAUUUCACCAAACAAAGAUCAGCAGAAGAUUGUGAUCAUUUGCCCAAACUAUUUGAAAGACAUUGCAUCAACUGUUUAUACCAUAAACUUUAUUCACUCAGCCGACCUAAGAAUUCCAUAUCCAAAACUUGAAAUUCCGGUAUAUGGUGGAUUUAAUUUGGAACUCAAAAGGGAAGAUGUAGAUGCUGACAGAAUCAUUUCUGGAGGAAACAUUCCAAGGUUUGCAGCCAUCAAAGUUUUAUUUGAUCAAAACUACCGCUAUCUUAUUCCAUAUUCUUUUUUUCAUCACGAUUAUCCAUCUACAAAGGAAGAUUACUAUGAAAUUAAAAAGGGAACAUUGACACCAGUAAUAGAUUUCAAGAAGGGAUUAACUUUAUAUGGGAUCAGUGAAAAAGGUAUCAUUAAAUUCAGCAUUUCGGAACAGGGCUCAAACAAAUGGAUGUUUGUAGAGCUGUACAAUUUACUGAUAAGAAUCUUUGUCAAAAUCUCAAAAUUUAAUUUGCUGACAACAUAUGGCAUCCAGCUAUUUGCAGAGUAUAAAUUUGGAAUUAUCUUUGACUCAAUGCCAAUUAUAGGACACUACCUUUCGUAUCUCUCUGAAACGAUUUGCUCAUCUGAAUACACGGCAUCACAUGCAAUAAAAAGGGUCUGUAAUGAUAGUCUAUUUUGGCCAAUUUAUAUGCUGGAUGAGGACUCUAAAAAUCUAUUUUCUAUUUCCGAUGUAAUGAUUCAUUUAUCAAUUUUGCUAUUGAUUAAAGCGGUAAAUAAAAAGGAUGACCCGGGUGCUAAAGGAAAACAAAUAUGGAUAUCACGCAAAAAAUGUAUGGCAGCAUGCGCUGCAGAUAUCUUCAUAUUUUCUUGGUCGGCCAAUACAAUUUCACUUUUUUAUGCUCUAUUUAUGAAGGACUAUACUGUAACCAGUUUACAUGUACGUUUCGUAAAUGAAGCCAAAAAUAAAAGACGUUGGAUUGGCAGCUAUAUACGUUGCAAAAAUUUCAUUAUACCCUUUUUGCUUGUAUUGAUAUUAGCUGGAAAUAUUUUACUGAUACACUACUCUGUAAAUUCACUCUUUAAUAUAGCAAAGAGAAUACUAAAUCAGGAGAUCGUAUGGCUAUGGAAUAAUGAAGAUGACAAAGUUUUACCGGAGAGUAGAUUAAAUGAAGAUAUGUGGUCAUUUAAGUUUUUAAAAAGGGAUAAAGGCGGAGGAUUUUGGAUGGAGAGGCGACCUAAAUUAUUAUCAACAGAAUUUUUACCAACAAAAACAUCAAGCAUGUUUUGUUUCUUAAAACGGGAAUAUGCCAUAAUCUCUGCAAAUUUGUAUGAUUUUGAUAUUUUUGAGCAAGAAAUACCAAAACAUAACAACAGAUACAAUGGAAGAUAUUCCUCGUAUAAUUCUCAUUUAAAUGUUUUAGAAGUAUCCAGUGGAAUCGAAAAUAUUGCAAAAGGCCACAUUGGACAGGAUACACAAAUCGACGAACACGCUGAAAUCUUUGGAAAUACAAAACUAUCCCUUGAGAAGAACAAGAUUGAAAUAACAAAAGAACAGAUUGAAUAUACUAUUGGGUAUAUUGAGUCCAAAUACAUGACAUACUUUCUAACUCCUCGUUUACUCAGUAAACUUUGUGAAAGUGGAUAUGACAUAUCCAGGAAUGAAAUGCACACAGAGUCACAUAUAAUUAUAAAGGCAAAUCAACUAUUGGUAUUUUAA